AUCCAGCCUGCCGCGAGUGUCACUAUGCUCUAUAACGCCUUAUUAUCUCUAACGGCGUUCAUGUUUUGUCUCAGCCUUUUCCUGCUGCAGAGAGCCAGUGAUUUAGAAAGCGAUUUUCACAAACUCCGAGGGGACAUAAUUCUACAGUUGAAUCAGCAACGUUCUGAGGGAGUCAAUGGGAAGAUGGCCAAGAUGGCCAAAACGAGGGAGGACGUGAAGCCAAGUGUUUUCAAAAGAGCUCAGAGUCCUCUGGAGAGCUUUUCUCGGAGAGUAAAAAGGGAACAAAGCAGCUGCAGAGCUCCAGCAUCAUUCCUCCAGUUAAGAGCUAACACUAACAAACAGCCAGACAUAAGAGGAAAUAUAACGCUGAUCCCCUGGACCGUUUCUGCACAGCAAGGAAAUACAAUUUCACAAAGGGAAAACAGGAUUGUUGUCCAAGAAGAUGGUUAUUACUUGGUGUUUGGACAAGUUUUGUUUGAAAGUCCGAGCACAGUUUUGGGCCAUGUCAUACGCAGCUGGAGCGCCACUGAAGCAGGGAAGGUAUCAACGGAGCUGCUGCGCUGCCUGCAGGAGAUGCCCGAUAAAACUCCUGUCAAUACAUGCUACGCCGCGGGCACGGUCCAGCUGUCUCGAGACGAAGAGCUGGAAAUGGUGAUUCCUCACAGGCCAGCGGCCAUAAUCGCUAUAGAGGCCGACUCCACGUUCUUUGGUGUCAUACGGCUGAACUGAAACGAGGCACUAUGGGGAGGAUGAGUUUGCAUUCAUGGCUGCAGGAAGUGGGAAACUGACACGGAGCAGUUUGACUGGAUGCUGAUAAAGGACUGAGUGACAGCGGAUGGAGAACUGUUGGACUUUGUUAAUUUCUCAGGAAAAAUGCAUAUUUUUAUCUUGUCUUUCAAGUGAACUGCCUGUGUUGCAGACAAGUUUUCCUUUUUUAUGUUAUCUUCCUGGCUUUAAACCAUGAAAAAAUGUCCCUCUCAGGUAGUUCCCGGUGGGCCGGUCCCCUGCGGUGGCUUUUGUGUGCCAUCAAGUCCUUUCAUCAGUCUAUUUUAGCGUCUCUUUAUUCCUUGCCGAAGGCUUCCCUCCUGCUCCACCCACGCGCUGUCUGUUUAUUUGUUCCCCUCUGUCUAUUUUAAAACGGUUUCCGUUUCCUAAUAUGUCAGGAACAAACAAAUGUAUAAAAUUAUAUCUCUCUGAGGGUGUUUUCCUGCUUGACAUGAAACUCAGCGGCACUUUAUAAACUGCAAUGUGUCAUAAAAUU